UGUCCAUAUUUUUCUCUUUCAGUAAAGCCAAGCACGCCAACAGUCACUCAGAAAUCUCCUGUAUCAGUUGGAGAUACUGUAGAGGUCAGCUGUACAACAACUGGUUGUAGACCUGCUGCAAAUAUUUCAUGGUCUUACCAAGGGUCAACAAUAACUGGUAAUGUGACUGCUACACCUGAUGCUAGAGAAAUAUAUAGAGUUGUGUCUUUAUUCCGGAAACAGGUGGCUGCUGCAGAUAAUGGACGUACUGUACAAUGUAUAGUUACACAUCCAACCUUGAUCAAUCCAUCAGAGGAAACUGCAUCUGUUAACCUUACUGUGCACUUUUCAGUUAGACCCUCAACGACAGAUAUCACUGGCAACAAAGAAAUGAUUGCUACAGGCCAAACAGCAUUAUCAUUGACAUGUACCACAGGAUCCUCUAACCCUGCCUCUGAUAUUAGAUGGAAAAAAGGUUCUGUAACAUUAUCUAGUAAUCGUUCAUACACGGAAUCUGCUGGAGACAAUAAUGGAUUGGUGAGAUCACAGCAACUGAUACUGUACCCAACACGGUAUAUGGAUGGUGAUAGCAUAUCGUGUGAAGUGUCAAAUACAGAGUCAGAGUCUGAUGUUGUGGAUACCAUUACACUCAAGUUGAAAUAUUCUCCACUUGUUACUAUCCGAAGUCAACAACAGAACACACUAAGAGAAGGCGAAAGGAAACAGCUGUCUUGUAAAGUAAACAGUAAACCAUCAGCUACUAUAAAAUGGUACCACUGGGACAGUUUGAUAUUUGAAGGAACACCAGUCAGCAAUGUACUGAAUUACAGUUUUACACCUAUCAACAGAACACACUAUGGAAAUUAUAGCUGUAGGGCAGACAAUGGAAUAGGCGCAGAACAUCAGGAGAAAAUCUCUAUUACAGUUACAUUUAAGCCUCUUACAACAACAAUAUCAGGAAACAGAAAUAUCAUUGCUAAUGGACAAAAUACAUUACCACUACUGUGUACAUCUGGAAGUUCAAACCCGAUAUCAGACAUAACAUGGAGAAUUAACAGUGUCAUCACACCAAGUAACGGAAGUCUAUCUGAUCAGAGUGCGGAAUAUGGCGGACAGAAACGUCGGCAGAGACUUACAUUGACCCCAACACGUGACAAUGAUGGUGACAGUAUUUCAUGUGAAGCUCAAAAUAGCAUAGGAACAUCUGAAAUUAAUACAGUGAAACUGGAUCUAAGAUGUAGGUCUUGUGAUAAAUUUUACUAUCUUAAGUACAUGUACUUAAUUUUCUAUUUUCCUUAAUUGUACCAACUUAAUUUUCUGUCACACAAAUUCUUGUUCCAUGUUUGUUAG